GAAAGGAAAAGAAAACCCUUUGGAAGGACCCGGAAGAGAGAAGUUCACCAAGUUAAAAACGGAGACUGAAACCAAGACAUCUACGGACAAAGUAUUGAAGGGAUCUUGAAGUAAAAACAUAUUAUAAUGGCUGGUGUUAAAGCACUAGUAGGUCUGUCCUUCAGUGGAGCCAUCGGGCUCACCUUUCUGCUGCUGGGCUGUGCGUUGGAACAAUACGGGGUGUACUGGCCGCUGUUUGUGUUGCUCUUCUACGUGCUGAGCCCCAUCCCAACGUUCAUCGCCAAGAGGCUGAGUGAGGACACCGACUCUGCCAGCAACGCCUGCAGGGAGCUGGCAUACUUUUUCACUACUGGUAUUGUGGUGUCAGCCUUUGGCCUUCCAAUGAUCCUGGCACGCAAAGAAACGAUCCAGUGGGGCGCUUGUGGUCUGGUGAUGGCCGGCAACUCUGUCAUCUUCCUCACAAUCCUGGGUUUCUUUGUGGUGUUCGGAGGUGGGGACGACUUCAGCUGGGAGCAGUGGUAGAGUGGUCUGGUCCAUUCCCCCAGGACGGGGGGGGCCUCAAGCUGCAUGUACCACCGGAUUUACAGAGUGAGGUGUGGAUGGUUGGAUGUAUGUAUAGACUGAAGGCAAAAGGUCUGCUGCCCUAUUGAGUGGUGAUCCUGGUGCCUAUAAUGUGGAAUCGAAAAGGCAUGUUACCAAGAAGUUGAUUAUGUAAUGUUUAAAACAUUUUUUACGUAAGGGUACCAGAAGUUAAAGACCUCUCUGUCCCCUUGUUUCUGUGCCUUGGCUGUACUGGUCCCCAGAGGUCAAACUCUAAGGUAAUUUUCCUUUUUUCGUUCUGUCUUUUGUUUUUAUCUAUAUUUA